CUCAAUGAAUCCUAACAACUAUACCUCGGCAACGCGGUUCCUCGGACAACUUAACAAAGCUAAGGAGGCGAAGGCGACGGAGGCGGCGGCGGCGGCUUUGAGUCGGGCACCACCGCCGGAACAACCUGAGCGUCUCAACCGAAAGCUUUCCGCUUUGGGAGCGACUGGAGGCAGCGUAUGGAAGACACUAAACCAUUAUGUCAUGGAGGGAAAUAUCGUCAAGAAAUGCGAGCUUCUGAGCUGCAUUAAGGAGCUCCGCAAGUUCAAAAAAUAUCCUAAAGCUCUCGAGAUAAUGGAAUGGAUGGAGAUGAGGAAGAUUGAAUACUCUUAUACUGAUCAUGCCUUGCGUCUUGAUCUCAUAUCCAAAACCAAAGGGAUAGUUGCUGCUGAGAAUUACUUUAACAACAUUUCACCAUUAGCUGAGAACAAAAUAACUUACGGGGCUCUUCUGAAUUGCUAUUGUACUGCAGCUAUGGAGGACAAAGCUUUGGAACUCUUUGAGAAGAUAAAUCAAUUGGGGUUUCUUUCAAAUUCUUUACCUUUUACCAAUCUCAUGACUAUGUACUUGAAACUGGACAAACCUGAAAGAGUUCUUUACUUUGCACAAGAUAUGAAGCAGAAGAACAUCUCUCCUAGCACCUUUACUUACAAUAUUUUGAUGCAAAGUUAUGCUUCUUUAAAUGAUAUUUCAGGAGUAGAAAGCGUGCUAGAGGAGAUUGUGAAUGCAGGUGAAAACAAGUGUGAUUGGACAACGUAUAGUAACAUGGUUUCAAUCUAUGUCAAGGCUGGUCUUUUCGAGAAAGCUAAGCUUGCUCUGGCGAAGCUAGAGGAGAAGAUGAAACCUGGGGCACCACGUCAGGCAUAUCAUUUCAUAAUCAGUUUCUAUGCUGCAAUUGAUCAACCCAGUGAAGUUGAUAGGAUGUGGAAAACCUUGAGUUCUGUGUACCCAACAUUCAACAACUUGAGCUAUCUUACUAUGCUUCAGGCUCUUGCUAAACUAAAUAAUAUUGUGGGAUUAAAGAAAUUAUUCAAGGAGUGGGAGUGUAGCUGCUCUUAUUAUGAUAUGAGAUUACCAGAGGCUGCCAUAGGUGCUUACCUCCAUCAUGGCAUGUUUGAAGAAGCAAAGUUGGUCUUUGAGGACGCCAUGAAGAAAAGUAAAGGGCCAUUCUUUAGGGCUCGGGAAAAGUUCAUGUUUUUCCUUUUAAGAAAUCGUCAGCUAGAUUUGGCCCUUGGUUAUUUGGAUGCUGCUGUUUCUGAAGCUAAAGAUGACAAAGAAUGGACUCCGUCCUGGGGAUUAACAAGUACAUUCCUAAACUGUUUUGAGGAAAAUAAAGAUGUUCACACUGCUGAAAAUGUUCUCAAAACUCUAAACCCUUAUCACCGUCUCAAUUCCAAUGAUUACCGAUCGUUGCUAAAGAUUUAUAUAGCCGCUGGCAAGUUGGAUCCAAAGAUGCGUAAAAGGUUGGAGGAGGAUGGUGUUGAAAUAAGCUGCGAGAUUGAGGAGUUGCUUCAAGUAGUUUGCCCCCAACUGGAUUAGAUGGUUCAGCCCUCUAAUCUCAAAAUACAAAGAAGCAUUACCAGUGGGAAUUUGAGGUGACUUGUACAGUUAAGUAGGGGAUCAGGAUUGGAGGCCUAACAGUAAACUUUGAGAACACUGAACUCUAUUCAACAGUUUACUUUCAUGGAGUCGUAUUUUUCAGCAAUUUGGAUAACAUAACAUAUUUCUUUAGAUAUAUGUUUGCCAAGCUUUCAGCUAUUGACUGAUCUUUGUCGUCCUUGGAAAUUAAGUAAAGAAGAUUUGAGUACCAAAUGUCCCCAUCCGUAUGCAUUUCUUGAGAUUGACAUCAAUGGAUAUGGAGGGGAAAGUUCGAACUGUGUUGUGAAAAUGUACGUAAUUUGAUUUCAAUUGUCACUCAACUUAAUUGACAAGCUUGUCCUUUUGAAAGAAUUAGCAAUUGCUUUGGUAGCUGGCGCUGGUAAUUUGACUAGUCCUUUUUACUACAAUGGAAAAUCUUUAGGACAUGACUAAAUGAGGUGGUAGCACUUUGGAUGCUUCUAAUUUGUUCAUACAUAAAAUACCAUACAACAAAAUCUCAUACAAAGUUUGAAACCUUAGUCUUGUAUUAAUGACUCUAACACGAUCCUUAUCUUCUUGGUAUUCAUUCGAAAUCCUAAACCUAACCAAUCUAACUUGCAUAGCCAAUAAAACUCCUAAGCUUAGGAGAUUAUUUUAGUUGCAAAUAAUACAUGUUGAGAAACUAGACAGUUAAGUCGUCAAGGUACAUUAUUUUUGAACAAUCAAUCUUGUUGAAUCAUAGCUGCCUGUUGCUAAGCCUAGGCAGAAUA